AUGCAAGCUUGGAGAGCAAAGGAGAAGGCUUUGAAAUUUUUGAGAAGUCAUCCUGCUGAUUCCUACAGGCGCUUGUCGAGUUAUUUGUAUAUUCUGGAGAAGACUUAUCCGGGGUCGGUAGUGAAAUUGCAAAAGACUGAAGAUGACUGUUUCUUGUACGCAUUUGUUGCACUUAGUAAGUCCAUCAAGGGUUGGGAGUAUUGUAGUCCAGUUGUAGUAGUUGAUGGCACCUUCUUGAAGUCGGCAUACAGGGGAAUUAUGCUAACAGCUAGCACAGUGGAUGCAGCAGGUAGCAUAUUACCACUGGCACACGCUGUUGUUAAUUCAGAAAAUGACGCAUCAUUGAGGUGGUUUUUUGAGCAAUUCAAACAUGCAUAUGGUAAAAAAUCAAAUAUGUAUGUUGUUUCGGACCGGAAUGAGAGUAUCUUGAAGGCAAUAUCUACUGUUUAUAUCGGCAUGCCACAUUAUGCUUGCAUGUGGCAUAUUUGGACAAAUGUAAGGUCAAAGUUCAAGAAGGGUCAUCUAAAGUUAAGUGAAUUGUACUUUGCCAUGGCACGAUCAUACACGCUUGCUGAAUUUAAUGAAAGAAUGUCAAAGAUUGAAGAGAUCAACACGCGUGUUAAAGCAUACCUAUACGAUAUUGGCUAUCACAGAUGGUCUCGGGUACAUGAUACGGUGAACAGAACGUGUACGAUGACAUCAAACAUUGCAGAGUCAUUGAAUACGGUAACAAAAGAUGCAAGAGAGUUGCCCGUAGUAGAACUAUUAGAGUACAUGAGGACUCUUCUUGAACGUUGGACUAAUGAAAAGUUAUUGAAUGCAAAUGGUACGUUCACAUACCUUGGGAAAAAAUACAACAAAGAGUUGGAGGAAAACGGGACAUUAUCGCAGAAGAUGAGAGUGAGGGAUUCCAUAGAUCAUAUUCAUACUGUGAUCCAUGGUGUGAAGCGCUUCAUUGUUUGCCUUCAAAACAAAAGAUGUAGUUGUGGACAAUUCCAGCUUGAUGAACUUCCUAGUGCACAUGCUUUGGCAGCUUUGAGGCACGGGAACGAGUCUUAUGAAAACUAUUGUUCUCCUUAUUACACAAGGGAGAGCCUUCUGCAGACUUAUGAAAUACCAGUAGACCUGCUGCCUGACGAAAGCAAAUGGAAUGUGCUACAAAAUAAGCUGAAGAAGUUGUAA